AUGGUGACCUAUCCUGCAAUGGGGCAUAGCAUCCCAUCUCUUGACUUAGCCAGAUUGCUCGCUUCACACUCUCUCGCCGUCAGUUAUGUCACCACUCGCACCAUAGCGCAGCGUCUACGAGGUCUCAUGGACGAAUCCCGCCAAGCCGCUGAUCUGGAUAUUCAGCUUGUCGGUCUAAGUCCUCCCAAAGCUAUUGAAGGUCUGCCUGAGGGACGCGAGAGUAUGGAUCUUCUGCCACGGAAAUCUUCACUUGUCGUUCAUUCAUUCGUCGAGAGCCUUCGCGAGCCCUUCGAACGGUGGCUCGAAGAGCAGGGCAGUCGUGGACCCGUGUGCAUAUUCAGCGACAUGUGCAUCGACUGGACUGUUCAAUCUGCAGAGAGAUUUGGAAAUAUUAGUGUCAUUUUUGCACCAUGUGGGGCUUUUGGGACCUCUGUAUUUCACGCCAUCUGCGGCUGCAUAACCGCAAACACGCUGCGAAAGGAGGGCGAUAGUGUUAUAAUCGAUGGUAUUUUAUCAUCUGCAGUGAAAUUUUCCAAGGAACAGAUGCCUGAGAGAUUUCUUCAACCAGAUCCAGCCGACAUGGGUAUAAGGUUUUUAAUGGGGAAGAUGCAGUCAGUUAGUAAAUGCUGGGGAAUGCUCGUCAACACGUUCGACAACCUCGAGCCUCGUUAUCAUACGCACUUGAAAAAAAAUAAUAAAUGGUUAACCCCUUUGGUCUGUUGCUCCCGUAGUUCCUUUAGAAUGUAUUGCUGGUCAGAGGGGGAAAACAUCAGACAUUAG